CCGGGUUGUCUGGAUGUAAUAUUACAGCCAACUAUACAAUUGGUUUAAAUGCUUCUCGCCAAAAGCCGAUAUUUUUCCUCCUCUGCGCUAGAAAUGUCACGGAUCUUUGCCAUUUCAGAUAUUCACGUUGAUAUACCCGAAAACCUUCGUUUGGUUAAUAGUUGGACAGACACUGACUUCAAGAAUGAUGUGCUCAUAGUUGCUGGUGAUGUGACCGAUGACUUGUCUCUCCUCAAAACAGUCUUGACGUCACUGACUCAAAAGUUUUUGAAGGUCUGCUAUGUUCCAGGGAACCACGAGCUUUGGAUUCGUCAGGUUGAAAAUACAUACUGCCACAACAAUUCCAUCGAUAAAUUCCACGCAAUCUUGACUCUGUGUGAUUCGAUUGGCGUUCAUACCAAACCAAUUAAAGUGCAGUGCUACAACGAUACCGCGGCCUGGGUUGUGCCAAUAUUUUCUUGGUACGCCAAACCAGAGGACGACCUCUAUAACUCGUUAUUUGUUGGAAGGGACACCGAAGAUGCAGAACUGUCUAACAAGGUCUGGAUGGAUAAUCAUCUCUGUAAAUGGCCUGUACUUGAAGGAUCUGUUGCUCAAUACUUUGCAAAACUUAACAAAGACAUUUUAACAAGGGAUUACGACGCACCAAUUAUAUCUUUCAGUCAUUUUUUGCCUCGUGUUGAGCUCAUCCCUGCUUCAGAAGAGGACAUCGAACGAGUCCAAGACGAGAGAAAAAAACUACACCUCCCGCAGUUAGACAAUCCCAAAGCCCAAGGAUCGCAAAUCCAGUUUAAUUUCACGCGCUUUGCGGGUUGUAAAACCAUAGAAGAGCAGAUCAGAGAGAUUGGCUCGAAGGUACAUUUACAUGGACAUCAACACCGUAACAGGGACCGUGUGAUCGAUGAGGUGCGCUAUGUGUCCUUUUGCCUGGGAUACCCCCGGGAAAGGUCCAUGGGAGUUAUUUGGGGCCUUUCAGAGAAAAAAGGACCUCGUCAGAUAUGGCCAUAGAAGGGUCAUGAGCACGGAACCAGCAAUUACAGUAAUUAUCAGCGAUGGGUUGUUAAUUUACCCGCAUUUUAAUGAGACGGGAACGAAAGCAUUUGUUAGAAGUGUAUGAUAUUCAUUAUAUGGUAUUGCGAAAGACAGUUACCACCAAUCAAAGAUUAGUAUUUAAAUUUGGUUUUUAUUUCUCUUGCCUAUGUCCGUGCGUCUUAUCUUACUGUAAGGGAAAAUGGCAGCAAACAAAGUAUUGCCAGUGGACCUUUCUAUAAAGCUGUAAAACUAAGUCAAAUAUUUGGGAAAAUCUUCUUUAUAGAGUGAAGAACCAUACAAUAUCUUCUACCAAAUAAAGUGUAUUUUAAUUCGAAUGAAAAUCAUAAGUAGAGGUUUGAAUUCAACAACAUUUGUGAUGAUCUUUACACUACCGGAACUGGUAACCGGAUAGACUAUGUGCAUCGGUUGUGUUACCCUUUACCCGCAAAGAGGAGGGAAACUGCGAUGAACUUAUCUAUAUCAUCAUCAUGAUAAUAAUGACAAUAUUAGUAAUAAUAAUAAUAAUGAUAAUAAUAAUAAUAAUAAUAAUAAUAAUAAUUUUUAUUUCAAGUCGAUAAUGUAGGAAGUGGUUGCCCAAUCCCCCGAGCCGGUGGCUCAUGUUAAAAACACUCGACAAAAGUA